CUGAUUUCUCGACGUUCACUUUAAAAGUUGAUUCGUCACUGCGAAAAAACUGAAAGCUAAUUGUGAAUCUGCCAUUUUGCCACUUUUUGAUUUGACGAUUGAUUUGAGGAUAAUCCACUAUGAGCGAAAUCGAGCAGAUCGUGAAGCCGAGGAGCAUGCCGGAAAUUAACGACGAGAACGAUCCGUUGGCAGCCAACGUUGACACUGAAAAGGAGAAGAAGGUUUUGGAAGAAAAGCCUUCCUCGUCGUCGAUCACCAGUUCCAAGAUGGCGAAGAAGGCCAAGCUGGAAAAGGAGGGGGAGGAACCUUCUCCGGUUGUAGCAGAAAAGCUGGAAGCUUCAGAGGAUGAAACAAAGUCUGAACCAGCAGAGGAGCCCUCUGACGAACAGGAAGCUUCCGCACUUGGCGAAUCGCCCUUGGCCGCAGUCACUCCACCGGCUCCGGAGGGAGAGGAGGAGGUCGAAACGGAAUGUAACCAAGCCAACGUGACCGCCGAGGACUCCAACCAGGAGGUAAUGGGCCAAUGAGCAGUGUCCAUUAAAGCGGACAGAAGCGAACUUUAGAGACGUAUAUCAUCUACUGGAGGACCAGUCCAAGUAUCCCUGUCCCACCUUAGUUUCCUGUUCUUUUAAAAUAAACUAAAUGUAUCAAUUCUGUUUAUA